GUUUGGUAGAAAGUGGCAAUCGGGAUGGUUGUGAAUCUAUGCCCGUUGUGGUCAUGCUCGAAUAUAACCUGUUGUUCAUCUGGCUUCUACAUUCAUUCGUAACAGAUAAUAGACUUAACAUACAAGUAUACUGUUAUUAACGCUUAGCUAACCGCAGUCAUGGGUCGGGCUAGUUUAACCCACGGAUCUGCUUCAGCUCAGGGUAGCGCCAAGAAAAACGGAGGUGGCGGCAAAUACACCUGGGGCAAUCUGGGUGAUGAGUAUCUCGGUAUUCCCGAGAGUGACAAAGGAGACCCCAACCACUCGGACGGUGACGCCAGUGUGCACACCACAUCCGAGUAUCGCAUGGAUGAAGGUCACCACACAUCGUAUCUGCCCAAUGACUUCCGCGAAGAUGUCGAGCCCAUUAUUAAGGAGUACUUCAACUCCGGUGAUUCCGGUGAUGUGCUGGAAAGUCUGCAGAAACUCGGCGAAGGGGAAUUCAUCACAGCGGGCCUUCUAACGGGCCUUUCACUGGCCAUGGAACGGCACCGCGCUGAGCGAGAGCUCAUAAGUUGUUUGAUCACCGACUUCGUCUUCGAACACAAGGUGGCGAACUCGGCCAUGAUCGCGGAAACCUUCCAGGCUAUGCUCUACAACAUCGACGAGUUGGCGACUGACAUCCCAGAGGUUGCCACUUUCUUGGGUCGCUUUAUCGCGCGCGCAGUAGCCGAUGAUGUCAUUGCUCCUGCGUUUGUCACAUCCAACCGAGUUCAAGAUGAUGCUGUACGUGCCGAUGAGGCCCUGAGUAUCGCCCACAAGUUCCUCAACAUGAAGCACGGAUACUCGCGCUUGGAGAAUGUGUGGGGAGUGGACGGUGCCCGUCGACCCAUUGCAUAUCUGCGUGAGAAGAUGCACGAUCUGCUCGAGGAGUAUGUGCUAUCCAGCGAUGUCGACGACCUCGAGAAGUCGCUCAAGGAACUAUCCGUACCGCACUUCAAUCACGAGUUAGUGUACCAAACCAUUGUGUAUAGUAUCGAGGCCAAGCCCGACACCCGCAGCGUGGUGAUGGAGAAGAUGUCCAAGGUGAUUGGUCGUCUGGAGAACGACGGGUUCCUAUCGGAUGAUCAGAUUAACAUGGGUCUGACUCGCGCGUUUGCGGAUCUCGAGGAUCUGUGCCUGGAUGUGCCGGAUGGUAAGCAGGUAUUCCAAGAGCUUACGUCACUGGCAGUACAGGACAAGUGGGCCACUGAUGUGACGGUGGAGAUGGCCAGACGCAGGUCGUCGAGUACGCUGGUGGCUCAGGCCUAAGGUGUGUAUGCCUGUAUGGGAACGAAUGAAUGUGCAAACGACGAUUUCCUCUAUGGUUUUUGGUAGGGUUGUGUGCCAAAAAUCAAACAAGGAGCACAGUUCAGUGAGUGAGAGAAAGUGAUGACAGGCCAGGGAAGAGCCGUUUCUAGGGUGGGUAUAAUAAUACACGCACACUCUCCGUUCAUGACCACUUUGCGCACAUCCAAUUACCAGCUUCUUUCAACGGGUUGCACGAGGUCACUUGACCUUACCAACAAAUGUCAAGGCGGCCUACGAGUAUCUACCAGUAUAACAUAGUAACAUGACCAGACAAAAACAAGAUGAAAAGCAAUCGAAAGAGAAAGAACUGAAGACUUCCAGAUACCCUUGCGGAUAUGUAACAGCUUCAUACCAAAAAGAUUGGUAUGGUGUAUAGUGGAAGUGUGAUGAAGUGACUCUGCGAACGAGGCCGAGAUAGCUUCUUGGCAGAUAGUAUGAAUAAAGCACAAUCGAUUUUG